CGCCUUCCCUUAUGCGUUUUCGCUCUUUUUUUUUCUUUCCUAAAAAAAAAAGAUUGCAGCGUCAUUUUAUUGAUUGCCUACAGGAUUCACUGGAUUCUCCCUAAUAAAGAGGGAAAAAUCAAAUUCUCUGCAGAUGGCUCAGUGUGUCACCAAGAUCCAGCUGUCCAUUUCUUGCUCAGAUCUGUUGGAUAAGGAUAUAGGAUCCAAAUCAGAUCCACUAUGUGUAGUCCUACAAAGCAUUGGUGAUGGAAAAUGGUCAGAGUUGGCUCGAACAGAGAGGGUCAAGAACUGUCAGAGCCCAGAGUUCUCCACAAAGCCAGUCAUUGAUUACUACUUUGAGAAAGUGCAGAACAUAAAGUUUGGCGUUUACGACAUUGACAACAAGUCUGUGGAUCUGAAUGAUGAUGACUAUCUUGGAGGGUACGAGUGUACUGUUGGUCAGAUUGUGUCCAAUCGGAAAUUGAAGGGAUCGCUGGCGCUGAAGAAGGGAAAGCCUGCGGGGAAGGGAACAAUAACGAUCGUUGCUGAAGAAAUCAAGGACACUCGAGUUGUAAAUCUUGAAGUGGAAGCAAGGAAUCUAGAUAAAAAGGAUUUUCUUGGUAAGUCUGAUCCAUUCCUGGAACUGUAUAGGCAAGGAGAUGAUGGAUCUUGGCAGUUGGCUUACAGAUCGGAGGUUAUCAAGAACAAUCUCAAUCCCUGCUGGAAGAAGUUCAGUGUUCCCCUGCAGAGCUUAUGUGGAGGGGACUUGAACAAACCCAUCAAGGUGCACUGUACUGAUUAUGAUAGCGAUGGCUCUCAUGACUUAAUAGGGAUAUUUGAAACUAACUUGUCUCAGCUGCAGAAAGCAGGAGGAGGUUUUCCGGUGGAGAUUGAAUGUAUUAACCCCCAGAAGAAGCAGAAGAAGAAGGGCUAUAAGAACUCUGGUGUGAUUCGGGUCAAGUCUUGCAAAAUAGACGUAGAGUAUUCCUUCCUGGAUUAUGUGAUGGGUGGUUGCCAGAUCAACUUCACAGUUGGAAUUGAUUUCACUGGUUCCAAUGGAGAUCCCAAAUCACCUGACUCAUUACACUUCAUCAGCCCAAAUGGUGUUAACGAAUAUCUUACCGCAAUAUGGUGUGUGGGUAACGUUGUCCAGGACUAUGACACAGACAAACAGUUCCCGGCUUUUGGAUUUGGAGCCCAGGUCCCACCAAACUGGCAGGUAUCUCAUGAGUUUGCCUUAAACUUCAACACCAGCAAUCCUUAUUGUGCAGGUGUACAAGGCAUUGUGGAUGCCUACCGUCAAGCUUUGCCUCAAGUUCGUCUGUAUGGACCAACAAACUUCUCUCCCAUUAUCAACCACGUGACCAGGUUUGCGGCUGCCGUGGCACAGCAGAAAACUGCGGCUCAAUACUUUGUACUUUUAAUCAUCACUGAUGGGGAGAUCACCGACCUUAAUGACACCAGAAAUGCCAUUGUCCAAGCCUCUAAGCUUCCCAUGUCUAUCAUCAUCAUCGGGGUGGGGAGUGCAGAUUUCAAAGCCAUGGAAUUUCUUGAUGGAGACAAUGGAGUCCUGAAGUCUUCCAGCGGGGAGUCUGCUGCCAGAGACAUUGUCCAGUUUGUGCCAUUCCGACAAUUCCAAAAUGCCCCACGUGAAGCACUAACUCAAGCCGUUCUUGCUGAGAUCCCUAAACAGCUGGUUUCAUAUUUCAAGUUUUUGGGAAUGCCACCUGUGAAUCCUCCACAACAGAAAACUACAUAGGAGUUGGAAUAUCCCAUGUGUUAGGUGCUGCUACAACCUGAAGGUUACCAUCCAGAAUUCUUCACCUUCAUCAUAUAGAAGACUUUUUCAGGGUGUUAUCUGUUAUUCCUUCUUUUUUGCUUAGAUGUGGCAGGCCAAUCUUCAAUGGACUUUCCUGGUGACAAUGGCGCUGAAGCGGCGGAGGUCCUGCCUUUUUGCUUUUCGUAUGGUUUGGGUAUUAGCUUCUUUUGGUUUAUUUCUAUGCAAACAAGUUGGACCCUAUGAAGGCUUAUUCGGGGUUUAUAUCAGAUUAUGGCUACAAUGAAUGAAAUCCGUUUACCACAGAUGUGGCAAACAGUUUUAUCGGCUAGCAUGGUGCUGCGGCAGGUAUUAUAUAUGUAAUAAAGGUCAGACAUGUCAUCAUUCCACAACUGCAGAAGACCAAAGAACCUCUUCUAUGCAGGUUUAUCAUCCAAUCUGAUUCCAGGCAGUGUUACUUGUGAAGGGAGAGGACUACUAGAAGCUCAACUUAAGAGUUUUCCAUGAAUGAAAAGUAGGAGCAUUCCUAUAAUUGAUGACACCUACCUUGUUGACCACAAAUCAAUAUAAAAUGUAUGUAUUAAAAUAUAUAAGCCAGUUGGAGGUUGGUUUUGGCAUUAUGUACAUGACCACAGAGUUUAUGGAGAGAAACUAUGUAAUCCACCCAAUAUGAACUGUAAUAACCCUUCCGAGGUAUCAUGGUUGACUCACAUGGUGUGAUCAUGUUGAGGUUUCUUGUAACCUUGUGGAAAAAAUUGACAUGUUUAGGGAAUGUGUCCCAUAUUGAGGUAGAGAGGGAAGACAGGCACUCACUUUGCCUGCUAUAUUGAAUUACUUUAUUGGAAGCGUCAAAACUGUGACACGUUUCAUCUCUAACAAAAAGCCUUAUCGGAGCUUGUGUUAGAGCCGAAACACAUCACAGUUUUGAUGCUUACAAUCAAGUGAUUUAAUCGGCUAGCGAAGUGAGCACUGGUCUUCCUUCUUUAGCGGUUUAAGGGUAGAUCUAAAAACAUUUCUAUUAUGAAUCUCGACUUAAGAACCAAUUUACACGGAGUGAUCUUCAUUAAAAUGUAAGUGAGAAGCAAUCAAAAUUAUCAUUCCUUUGCAAAGGCAUUUGCUUAAAACUUUGCUUUGUCAUCUCACAUUGCUACAACUCCUUGAUAUGUAUAAUUAGAAGAAAAUCCCACGAGCUGUACAUUGGGAUUCUGUCUAGAGACACAGUGCACACCUAACCCUCUACAUGUAACACUUUCAUAUGGAGACACUGAGAAUUCAGAAAAUGUGAUGAUAUUGCCAAAUCUGAAUUUAUCACUCUAAGCUAAUUAUAUGUUAAAUUAGCCAAUUUAUUUGUGCCUGAGUAUCACAAUAGUGCUGAAUGGUGCCUUGUUAUAGUAAGCAUUUGCCCUCUAAUAGGGUCAGAUCGGUCCUUCCCUAACCUAGAUAAAUUACCCAAAUUGGGUGAUGACAUGAGGCCAUUAUUACCCGGUCACAACAGGGACAUUUGUAUAGCCAUAGAGAUUGUCACGUACUAAAAUAUAUAAAAUCUCUCUGAGUAUUCCUAUGAAGAUAAGGUAACCUCUUCACUAAACAUAGAUUUUCGGUGCCGUUAGUAUUUGACCUACAUUGGGUAAAAAGGGGUUUUAGGUAAUGAAGGAAAGCUUUUGAGAAGCACUGGCUUAGAGGAUACUUUAUUAGAUGCUUUACUUUGCUAUGCAUUGGCUUGGAGUAAUAUGUGCCUUUUUACUGACCUCCAAGUUAUUAACUGAUGCCAUAUUUUUUGCAUUUUUCACUUUGACUAUGCUUUGUGCCGUUUUGCUGUUACAUGAACCUUUAGAAGAUUUAUAAUCAUUCUUACUAUUCCUUGUAGUCACUGAAGUAUAUCCAUAUUGGCAUUUUCUUUGCUUUAUAUAUCAGUCACUGUAAUAUGCAACAGUACUUAGGAACUGUUUUAUGCAAGUUCAUGUUGUACUCUGAUCUGGCACUAGACUUAUCAAGUAGACUGCUAGAAUAAUCAAGGAUUUUAUCUCAUCUUGCAGUUUGUAUAUAUAUUUUUCUUCAUAGAAAUGUCCAAUAAAAUAUAUAAAAAGUGU